AUGGUCGAUGGAAUCAUAGCAGGCAAUGGUGCUUCGUACGCUGCCAAUCGCAAGAACACCGAAUCGAAAAUCCGCUUUGGGGUCGUUCUGGUCAAAGCUUCCCUCUUCCUCCUGGGCAUGUUUCUCGCCUUCAUAUCCCUGGUCAUCAUAUUCCACCGACGAUGCAGGGCAGCCCAUGUCUUCAACUACAAAAUCAAAGUUAUCAUUUACGAACUAUACUUCUCUUGUUUCCUGAUCCUCAUCCGCAACGUCUUUCGCACCGCGUCAUUCUUCUACUCUCCCAUAUCGCCAGUCAACGGGGACGAGGUAUACUUUUGGGUCCUUGAAAUUUUGCCAAUGCUGGUGAACACUUACCUCCUGAACCUGUUCCCACCAGCAAAGUAUCUGCCUUGGGACAAUAAGAUAUACCUUGCUCAGGAUGGGAAGACUGAACUGAAAGGUCCCGGUAUGGUCGACAACAGACCAUUUCUGCUCAGUUUCUUCGACCCUUUCGAUCUGGUUGGGCUAUUGCGAGGAGAGGACCACAAGAACAGGUUUUGGGAACAUGAUGGCAUUGGCGGCCCAGCACCACCCAAUGAGGUAAACCAGGUGGACAAUACCGAAGCUGAAGCGGCUAAUAUGGCAGGAAAGACUGGUGUGUAG